UCUCUAGAUCCACUGGUUCCUGCGGAGUGGGCGGGGCCAGAAGGAGCUCCGCCCAUCAUUAAAGAGUGUCCGGGCCAGUUGUUUCAGGUUGGGCAUCUGCUGCAGAAGCUCAGGUCCAGCCUGAGUGAAGACAAUGAAGACAUCCUGCUGGAGACGUACCUGCAGAGCUGGGAUCAGCUGCUCUUUUUCAUGGAGUCUCUCGGGACGAUGGUCAGUUUCUUCUCUCAGAAGGUGAGAGAAAAGGUGACGCUGAUCCGGGAGCUGCCACUCAAACACAGUUUAAAGGCUGACUCCGCCCACCUACGAACUCCAGCAGCAUUCGGAUUAAGACAUGGAGCGUAUCGAUCUGUUCGAUCCAUGGUGGAGGCGGAGCUACGGGCGGGCGUGGUCAACUUCCAUCGCCGCACAGAUUCAGGCAGCAGAACCCUGCUGAGGCUGCAUCGAUCCCUGCUCUGGUUGAAGCUGAUGUUGGAGGGUUUGUCUGAAGGACCGGGAGCCGAUGGGCGAUACAGAACACCUGGAGAGCUGAGCAGGGACGCCUACAUGGUGGCGUUGGCUCCUCACCACUCCUGGGUUCUCCGUCAGGCUGCAGAGUUCGUCUUCCUGGCCCUACCUGACAGGGACUACUUCCUGCAGCUGGUGUGUGUGCAGACGCAGCAGGAGGCCACGCCCAUUCUACGCAUCAUCAUCCACGCCCUGACGCAGGUCCACGCCCGGACACAACAGAUCCUGGCCGAGUACGACGUGUUGGAGCUGCCCUGAAGUCAGACUUCCUGUCAGUCCACAACCAGCCCAAAGACUAAGGAACACUUAAUACCACCUUUAAAUACUCAACGUAGAAAUACCACCUGAAAUACUCAACAUAGAAAUACCACCUUAAAUAGUCAAAAUAGAAAUACCACCUUAAAUAGUCAACAUAGAAAUACCACCUUAAAUAGUCAACACAGCAAUACCACCUUAAAUAGUCAACAUAGAAAUACCACCUUAAAUAGUCAACACAGCAAUACCACCUUAAAUAGUC